AUGACUUCGGCUGCUUCUUUGAUGCCGCCUUCGCUGGUGCCUGCAUCUCCAGCGCUGAAGCCAUCUCAACCUCCAGGACAAGGAAAACGGAGUCGCAGAAUUCUUUCCCCCCCUCCAGGUGCACCAGGAGGUCCCGGAGGUCAGCUUUUGCUCGGUCCCGGGAGCACAGCGGCUGGAUUUGAAGCGGACCUCGUUAAUCCUGAAGGCUACGAAGUGAAUCGCAGCUCCGAGAGCAAGGUCAUCGACGUUUGGACGGAAUGGAAGGAGGGUAUAAACGGCGGGCCGUCCAUUGAGAAGCUUGAAGAAGCACGCAAGCGCGACCGCAAAUGCGUUUGGUGGAGGCAUAAGAACGAUUACAAGUAUUGGAGCAAGCAGAUGCGCAUUAUUCACGCUAUUGAGAAGAAGGCCGCCGAGCUGGGUGGAAGCCUGGAUGCUGCGAUUCGUUACUGGGAAGAGAUUUUGCGUGUGGAAUUUGAAGGCAGCAUUUCCAAGCUGCGAGAAGCCCUUGGUGGUGAAAAGGCUGUUCCUGGCGGUGCCGAUGGCCGUGAGCCUGGCUCUGGUGUUUCUGAAAUGAGCAGUUUCAAACGGCAUCGGAAGGAGCUACUCCAGAAAGCUGUUGAGAGAAUGAAGCACUGGCCUGAGCAGCAGCAGCUUCUUAUGAAUCAGCAGCAGCAGCAGCAGCAACAGCAUCAGCAGCAGCAGGAGCAGCAACAGCAGCAGCAGCAGCAGCAACAGCAACAGCAGCAGCAGCAACAGCAACAACAACAGCAGCAGCAGCAACAACAGCAGCAGCAGCAGCAGCAGCAGCAGUUGAUGGAGCAGCAACAGCAACAGCAGCACCAAAUGAUGGCAGAGGAUGCAGUUCAAGAUGGAGUGCAGGAGCAGCCCUUGGCAAUGCCGCAGUCACAUCCACAGGCCAUCACUCAGAUUUGGCCUCACACGCCAUGUGCGGGCCUGGUGCGCGACGACUCGCGUCCAUUCUCCCCCGCGUUUGGGUUCGGCGCCUCGAUAUGGGAACAUCCCGUCCUCCCACUCCCCCUCUCGCCCUCCGUCCGCAUCUGUUCCCUGGGAUCCUCGUGGGAGUGGGCAAUGCUGCGCCUGGAGCUCUUUCUCGACUCCACCGUCAAGGUCUUGGGUCCACUCUACGUCCUCAUCGCCCUCGUCCUCAUCCUCGCCAUUGUCUACCUGGCCUUCUCGCUGCUGCUGCCCAUGGCAUGGCCCAUCCACACCCCAGCGGGCAUGCUGCACGCCCUGGCGGCAGCGUGGGUGUCGUUCAACAUCCUCUUCAACUUCUACUGCGCCGCCACCCGACACCCUGGAUCGCCACCGCCCCUCGCGCUACCCGACAAGGAGAUCCGAGGGGCCCCGCAGGGCGAUGUGAGGGUGAGCGUGGGGCGCAUAGUGGCAGACAUGCAGCUCAACCUCUCUGACUCCAUGCCGUGUGUGCGCUGGUGCGACAAGUGUCAGAAUCUCAAGCCCCCACUGACACACCACUGCCAUAUAUGUGAAAGAUGCGUGCUCAAAAUGGACCACCACUGCCCGUGGAUGCACAACUGCAUUGGGCUGCGCAACUACCGCUACUUCUUCCUCUUCUUGCUGUAUCUCUGGGUGGGCUGUGGCUAUGCAGUCACAGUCGCCACCCUGCUUAUAGCCGACAGCAAGAAGAUGGCCCAGCCGCUGCCAGGGGUGAUAUUCACGUUUGUGGUGGCACUGGCAGCGUUCAUAGCGAUAGCGCUGCUGCUGGCGUGGCACGUGUACCUGGUGGCCACAGCGCAGACCACCAUUGACUUCUAUGACUUUGUGCUGCGCUGCCGCGAGGCCAGACGGGCUGGAAGGGUGUGGGUGAACGAGUUUGACCUGGGCGUGUGCCGCAACUUCCAGGCAGUCUUUGACGUGUCGGGGCCGCUAUGGCCGCUGCUCAUGCUGCUGCCACGCACGGCUGUGCCUCGCGGCGACGGCAUUCACUUCCCCACCAUACACGACCUGCGCUCUUAG